ACCUUUCAAAAUCACUUUUUUUGGCAUUUUAUGCUGCGCUAUCACUGCUUGUGACAAAAUUAUAAAUUAUUUAUACUCAGUACUUUUCAUUUAUUUGUCUUUUCUUCCUGCAAUAUGACUAAUAUACUUAUUGGUGCUACUGGAAGUGUGGCAACUAUUAAGGUGCCUAUCCUUGUCAAAUUAUUAAAAGAAUAUCCUAACAUAAACAUAAAAGUUGUAUUGACAGACGCAGCUUAUCAUUUUGUAAAAGAUGAGAAAAUAGACUGUAAUGUAUAUAGGGACCAAGAUGAAUGGAAUGGAUGGAGGAAGGUUAGCGAUCCAAUUUUACACAUUGAGUUACGAAAUUGGGCAGACAUAAUGGUGAUUGCACCAUUAGAUGCUAAUACAUUGGGAAAGAUAGCAAAUGGCUUAUGUGAUAAUUUAUUGACAUGUAUACUUCGCGCUUGGGACGUCAAAAAACCUGUGAUUGCUUGCCCUGCUAUGAAUACAAGUAUGUGGACACAUCCUUUCACAUCAAAGCAUUUAGAUAUUUUAAGAGAUAUUCUUAAGUUUAUUAUUAUUCAGCCUAUAAAUAAAAGAUUAGCUUGUGGGGAUACAGGAAUGGGUGCUAUGGCAGAGGCAAAGUCAAUAUCAGAAUUUGUAAUCGAUUUAAUUAGACGUCAAGGAGUAAUUGAUGAUCAAAUUGAAGAAGGAACAAUGCUUUGAUUUUAUUUACUCACUCUUUGAUAUAUAACCCUUUCUUCUAUUUUUUUUUUCUUCAAAUUUAGAAAAAAAAAAAAAAUCCAAGUCCAAGUAAUAAAUAAAACUGAUCUGAUGUCUUGACGCU